UUUGCGCAAGAACCGUGAGUACAAGAAAUGCAGACACGGAAGCGGAGCAAAUUUUACCCAACAAACCACACCGGCCAUGGAAGCACAAUCAUCCAAACAUUACCAAACAGCAUUUCUCGAAGACACAAAUAGUGACGAAGAUUUUGAUCCUACUGGGAUCUUUGAACCAAAUGAAGAAGGUGUUGUAUUCGAGGAUAACUUGGACACCUUCCAAGAGGAAGAAGCAAUACAUAACAAUGAUGAGGGGUGCAGAAUUUUUAGUGCUACAGGAGAUGUGUUCGAUUCAUGGCCAGUGACAAGUGGCAUUCCACCAUGUAACCAGAAUGCUGAUCCUUAUGACUAUGUCUACCACAAUCUACCAACUAAGCAUCAUGUGUUGAAGCCUGCAGAUGAUUGUGAACAUUGCGGAGCAAUGAGGCUGCAAUAUGAGGGUCCCGCUUUCUGUUGCAGAAAAGGAAAGGUCAAGAUAGUUACACCGGAAGUUCCUAACGAGUUGCGCCGGUUGUUUACAAGUCAGGUUGAUGCUGAUGCAAAAUAUUUCAUAAAGCACAUACGAUAUUUCAACACCCACUUCUCCUUCACAAGGCUUGGAGUCACCCUUGAUAAGACGGUCAGCAAUGCGGCGAGAACCGGUGUUUAUACAUUUGUAGCACAAGGGGCAAUAAUCAAGCGGUCUCCAGAUCUUGAUAUCAAUAUCAUACGGAAGAUCCUGGAGAUACUAGAGGACAACCCAUAUGUACAGACCUUUAAAAGUUGUGGAUCUAUUCCGAAUCUAGAAGAAUAUAGGAUAUCCCUUAACACAGAUAUAAGACUCGACCAGCGAAGAUACAAUGCCCCAACUGCUUCCCAGGUAGCCGCGAUGUGGGUUGAAGGGAGUGACCCACAAAACACUUUUGAUAGACAAGUUGUCGUGUAUGGCAAAGGGGACCGUCCUAUAUAUAUUAGAGCUUACUAUGGUUGCUAUGAUCCUUUGGCAUAUCCAUUAUUUUUCCCGAGAGGGGAGACGGGAUGGAAUCGUUGGAUACCAUAUGAGACCCCUCCUAAAAUCACUCAAGAGGACAACCAGGACGACAUAGAGCAUGAAAAUUUGCAAGGUCUGGAUCGGAGUUCAAAUGUUCAUCUGGAACAAAACACAGAUGAGGUAGCAGAUGAUGAAGAGGACCAGGAUGAUAGUGAAACCGGGGGGUCUAGAAAAUUCGUGAGCGCAAGGGAGUACUACUGCUUCAAGCUACAAGUCAGGAAAGGACUUUUUAACAUUAUAUUGUUCGGUGCACGCGGGUUCCAACAAUGGGCAGUAGACAUGUACAUCAAGAUGGAGACUAUGAGACUUGAUUUCUUCUCCAAGCCUAAGAAUCAAAAGCUCAUUCGUGCUGAUCUAUACCAGGGAGUUGUUGACGUCAUGGAUGCUGGCGAGACACGUGGUUCUCAGGUUGGUAAGAGAAUCGUGCUCCCGCGGACUUUUCCAGGAGGUGAUCGAGACAUGCAGCGAAGAUUCCUUGAUGCGAUGGCGAUAGUCCAGCGGUUUGGAAAGCCUGAUUACUUUAUCACAAUGACUUGCAACCCGCAGUGGGAGGAGAUUACGUCCAGACUUGAACCCGGACAAAUGCCACAAGACCGUCCAGACCUUGUCGCGAGAGUAUACAGGGCCAAAUUGAGAAGUAUGAAGGAUUUGUUGAUAAAAAAAAUACUUUGGAAAGGUUGCUGCAUAUGUCCAUGUUACCGAAGUUUCGAGAAAGAGGGUUGCCACAUGAGCACAUGCUUUUGAUCAUGUGCUCGGAUAGCAAGCUAA